AGUCGAGCUGGUGAUGAUCUCAUUUCGGAAGGGCAGCUUCGCGUUGAAGUGAUCGUUUAUUUUGUCAAACAAAAUUGUGUACCCUUUGAUGUGAGAACAGACUGACUAACCGAGUAACGGAAGCGGGAGCCUUAGCGGCACACGAAAGUCCGAGGGCGAGAGAGAGAGAGAGAGAGAGCGAGAGAAAAAGGCAGUUGUGAUCUCCAAUCAACAAAUUAAAUCGCGGUGUCCUGUGCUACUGAACGUCAAUCAACAACACGAAUCACACUCUCUCGCAGCAAAGAUCAUCUUUGGUUUAAUUCUCACGUUUGAGAAACACAAGUGGGCUGCCCCUUCAAUUCGAGAACCCGUUCUGUGAAUCUAGGGACAGAAGAUGGCGUUAAAAAGAAUUAAUAAGGAACUACAAGACUUGGGGAGAGACCCGCCAGCACAAUGUUCAGCAGGUCCUGUCGGCGAUGACCUGUUUCACUGGCAAGCAACGAUCAUGGGUCCGCCAGACAGUCCUUAUCAGGGUGGCGUAUUCUUCUUAACAAUACAUUUCCCUACAGACUACCCAUUUAAACCACCAAAAGUGGCUUUUACAACACGCAUAUAUCAUCCAAACAUCAACAGUAACGGGUCGAUCUGUCUCGACAUCUUAAGAUCUCAAUGGUCUCCCGCCCUGACAAUUUCUAAGGUGUUGUUAUCAAUUUGCUCUCUGUUGUGUGAUCCCAAUCCCGACGAUCCGUUGGUUCCAGAAAUCGCCAGAAUAUAUAAAACUGAUCGGGAAAAAUAUAACGAACUUGCCCGGGAGUGGACAAGAAAGUAUGCUAUGUGA